GCACUAAUACAAGGUGUCAUCGUCUGCCUGGAACCCUCCAAGGCUCCCACCCUCUCUGUCGGUCUCCUGCAGUAUACAAAACCCCUUCCUGUUUCCUGCAGUCUUCUAGUUUUUUCUCCUUCCUCGAAAACUUCACUCUCUUUCUUCUCUCAGCAAACCUUAAGCCUUAAACUGUGGAUCUUAAUGUCGCACCUCCUGUUUCCAACUCACAAACUGAGUCAAUCUAAACUGCACCGACAAUCCUAGUAACUUCUUAACCUCCUGAUAUUCAAGAACCAUGAUUCCUUUAUCAAUUGCCAGUCGAAGUCCAGUUACGAAAUUGUCUCCAGAUAACCCAAAAAUACAAAUAUCCUCUUCUACUAAGCUAUCUCACUUGAAAGCAGUUCCAUGCUCUUUUCACAGGAAAAACCCCAACACUAUUUGCAACCCUGCAAAGUCCAAGACUCAUCCUUUUGGCUCUGUAUUAAUAACCCCAGAUCACGUUUCUCAUAAGAAAGGCAAGAUAAACCGGGGAUACGAGGAAAGAAGAGAUUCUGGCCAUGUGGGUAGCCAACAGAUGCUGGGUUUGUGUGGGUUUGGGUAUUGGAUGCAGGGGUUUAGGAGUUUUCCUUGGCUUGCUCUCAACUUCCAUAUGGCUCACAAUCUCAACUUGCAUCCAUCACAAUUGCAGCUUUUGCAAAUCUCUGGUAACCUUCCCAUGGUGGCCAAACCUCUUUAUGGACUCCUCUCUGAUGCUUUUUACAUUGGAGGUGCUCAUAGAGUACCUUAUAUUCUCAUGGGAGUCUUUUUGCAGGUGCUGGGUUGGGGGCCGCUGGCAUUGAUCCCUGUUGCACGGGAAGCCCUUCCGAUUCUUAUUUCAUGCAUUCUUAUCAGUAAUCUUGGCGCUUCAAUCACAGAAGUAGCAAAUGAUGCUCUUGUCACAGAGUAUGGCCAAAAAAACAGAAUUGGAGGCCUCCAGUCUUAUGCAUUUAUGGCUUUAGCUGUUGGUGGAAUCCUAGGCAACUUGCUAGGUGGUUGUUUCUUACAAAAAACACCACCCCAAACCAUGUUUCUUGUAUUUUCAGUUCUUCUCUCUCUUCAACUAGCAACUUCAUCAAUAGUAAGAGAGAAAUCGCUUGGUUUAUUAGAACCAUCAAAUCACAACCUUGUGAAGACAUCAAUUUGGGAGAAUACCAGAAAACAGCUAAGUGAUCUUAAAACUGCAUUAAACGAGGACAGCAUCUCCCACCCUCUCACUUGGAUCGUAGCUUCUAUUGCUACAGUUCCGGUUCUCUCAGGUUCCAUCUUUUGCUAUCAAACACAGUGUCUGCAUCUUGAUCCUUCAAUUAUUGGAAUGUCACGUGUAAUUGGCCAGAUUAUGCUUCUUUCCAUGACUGUACUCUAUGACCGUUAUUGGAAAGAAGUGCCUAUGAGGAAAUUAGUUGGUGCCGUUCAGUUUUUAUAUGCUUCUUCUCUUCUUCUGGACUUUGUUCUAGUGAGACAGAUAAAUCUUAAACUGGGAAUUUCCAACGAGGUAUUUGCUUGUUGUUUUUCGGGUUUAUCUGAAAUACUUGCUCAAUUUAAGCUCCUUCCUUUUUCAUUGCUAUUGGCUAGUUUAUGUCCUCAGGGUUGUGAAGGAUCUCUUACCUCUUUCUUGGCAUCUUCGUUGUGUUUAUCAUCAAUUGUCAGUGGGUUCUUGGGUGUUGGGUUAGCUUCUCUGAUUGGAAUAACAUCUGGUGAUUACUCAAGCCUGCCAAUGGGAAUUUUGAUACAGUUCUUUGCAGCAUUAUUGCCUUUAGGAUGGAUUCAUCGUGUACCCAUGUCCGAACCCAUUGUUGAGAAAGAAAGAAAGCAAGGUAUGAGUAAAAGAACACGGAAAAAUAGAAGGGUUGGAAGAGUGUUGUUAGGCUCUAUUUAUGUUUACCGCCGGGAAAGAGAAUCUGAUUCACAGAGAUAAACCAGCUAGCAUAACGAUAACAUUUUCGUGGACAAAGAGGAGUCUAAGAUCGGGACAUUUGAAUUGUCCAAGUCUCAUGUCUUCGCACCCAAAUUAAGCCCAUUUCAGCCGCAGCUAAGAUUAGAAUGAUCCUUUAAUUGGUGCAAGUCCUCUGGCAAAGGUGAUCCUUUGUUUAAUUUCAAAUGGAUUAUUGUUUCACAAAUGUACACGCAUCAGUUACCAGCUCCAUUCAAGCAGGAAGUUUUCUU